UUGCCUUGUUAUUGGAGAUCGCAAACAAAUGUCUCACCGUGCGCUCUUUCUCCUUGAUCUAUAACUAUCAAAGAGCAGAAUGAGCAGCUCAAUGCUACUGCAUAUUUCGGUGCUAUGAUGACCACCUUACAAUCAUCUAAAGGCUCUGCUGAAUUGGUAGGUGCCUUGCUCUACUUGUUGGAUGAAAUUUUUCCCUAUCUUCCUCAUAGUGUGCUUCGUUCCAAAUUCGCAGAGAUUAUUGGUGUUAUAGAACCUACUUACGAAGAGCAUAAGGAUGAACAACCUAUUGUACGAUCUAUCAUUGGCUGUCUUCAAGAAUUAUUAGCUGCUCAAGACGGACCAAAUUGGUCAAUGCCUCUAACAAAGAAGGCUUAUCAGCAAUUACUCAUUUUGAGUGCCAAUGCUUCACCAAAGGCCCGUAAAAGAGCCCAAGAUGCUAUUCGCAGCAUUCUAUCACGUCCUCCUCCGCCAGUGGCUGUACACCCUGCUGCCGACAUGACUGCCGACUUUAUCUUGAGGGUUUUGCAUGAAGCUUCAAAGUCGAAUCAACACGCUGCUCAACAAAUGCUUGCUUUAUUGCAGAUGAUCGUUCCAUAUUGGCCAUCUCACAAAUUUUAUACUCUAUGUCAAUCCUUACUUCAAUUACCAAAGUUCAAUAAUAUCUUCCUCACCAAAGCUUCCUUUGAUGUAUUUGAGGCGCUUUUCGACGCACAGGAAACAGAUAUGGAUAAUGACAAGUUCGUUGGUUUAUUGCUUGCUAUUUGUGAAUUGAAACCAGCUGCUGUGGAUGAGCGUCUGUUACCGCCAUGGUUAUUGAUCGUUGCAAAGGCUUUUCCAGCUUACGCAAAGAUGAGCCCUGCUCAGUGUGCCAACGAUAUCUCUACGGUUUUUAAAUUGAUCUUUAACGACUUUCAGCAAGAAAGUGGAUGUUAUCGUCAGCUGGCAAGCUGUCUCAGCACAUUGACAGAAUAUUGUAUUACUGAUGAUCUCAUCGAACAAGCCAGCACGGGUGAAACAAACAGUCUGACAGAAAUGAUUGAAUUAUUAGAAAAUGGUCUCGGUGUUCAUUAUCAGCCUGCUUGGAUCCACGUGAUGACUGUUCAACAAGCUAUGUUCAACAAACUGAAUCAUUAUGCAGCACCUCUCAUGAAUGGUUGUUUAGCUUUAUUGGGCGAACUUCGUCUUUCACCUUCUGAAGCGUACAAAGAACAGCUGGAUAAGACUUUGGGUAUGGCCAUUUCGACCAUGGGGCCUGAAUAUUUCUUGCAAGUCUUGCCUCUCAACUUGGAGAACAAUUCGCAAAAUCAAGUAGGACGUGCUUUCUUACUUCCCUUAUUGAAGACCUACACCACGAAUACCACCCUCAGCUAUUUUGUCAAUGUUUUAAUUCCUUUGGGCGACAGACUCGCUCAGAAGGCCGAGGCAGCAGCAGCUCGUGAAUUGGAAAUGCAAGCGAAAGUCUACGAGACGUUGGUCAAUCAAAUUUGGAGCCUUGCUCCCGGUUUUUGUGAUUUACCGACUGAUUUGACACGCGCUUUUAAUGAUCAAGUAGCAGAACGUUUCAGUUCUUUGCUUUAUACUCAACCUGAUUUACGACCUACAAUUGCUCAAGCUUUACAAUUGUUGAUUGAAAAGAACCAAGCUCUCAUCAAAUCAUCAGCAGACGAUGUCCACUUAAUGCGUGCCUAUGGCCUGACCCGAGCUCAAGCGCAACAAAAUUUGGAGUUUAUGAGUAAAUUUGCGGUCAAUUAUCUUGCCGUCUUCUUCAAUGUAUUCAGCCAAAUUGCCCCUAUGUUCCGUGGUUUUAUGGCCGAUGUUAUCAAAACUUAUCUUACUAUUACACCUGCUGCUGAUAUCAACGCUACGUUCAAGAAAGUCCUUACUAUGCUUUCUCAAGCAUUGGAAACAAAAGAAACAGCCUCCAAUGACCCUACGGAGCCUGCUCCUAUGUCCCAUACCAUGCUGGACUUGGCCAUUAUUAUGAUCCCCUUUUUAGAUGCUGAAUCCGCAGAAUUACUCUAUAACGGUACGACACAGCAAUUAUUGAAUCAAGAAGAAGAUGCCACCUUGCAAAAGAAGGGUUACAAAGUCCUUAAUCACCUCUUCGCUUGUCCACACGGACGGCAAGUGGCUAUGAAUCACAUGGAUGCUUUGCUCGCUCAUUUGCUUGAGGCUACGGCUGCUUGUACGAUUUCCGCCAAAAAGGAUCGUAUCAAAACAAUCAACGCAGUGGUCGCUCUUUUACCCAAGAGUGACCUUCAUUUCAUCCCUGCGGUUCUUUCUGAAGUGGUGAUCGCGUCCAAGGACAACAAUGAAAAGACGCGUAUGGUUGCUUUUGAUACACUCGUAGCUAUGGGUGAGAAGAUGAAAGAAGGAGGUAUUGUGAAGACAAGCAAAUUAGACGGAUUUGAUCCCUCUACUCCUGAUGCCGAAGCGUCCAUCAACGAAUACUUUACCAUGGUCACGGCAGGUUUGGCUGGUACCACCGCCCACAUGAUCAGCGCUACGGUGGGUGUCCUUUCUCGUAUCUUUUUUGAAUUCAGAGACGACAUUCCUGAUGAAUUGGCAUCUGAACUCCUCCAAACCAUCAAUAUGUUGGCUGCGUCCAACAACCGUGAAAUUGUCAAGGCAGCUAUUGGAUACGUCAAAGUCUGCAUUGUCACUUUGGAUAUCAGCCUGUUGCAGCCUCAAGUGGGCGAGAUUGUCCGAUCUCUGAUUGAAUGCCAGCACCAACACAGAAGCCAUUUUAAGGUGAAGGUACGACAUUUAUUUGAACGCUUGAUUCGUCGUUUUGGUUAUGAUGCAGUGGCAGAAUUCGUGCCAGAGGAAGAUAAAAAGUUGGUCGUUAAUAUCCAGAAACGUCGUCUGAGAGCAAAGAGAAAGAAGAAUGCUGCUGCGGCUGGUCAAGAAGAGAGUGAUGUGGAAGAGGAAGAUGAAUUAUCCGCUCGUGCUGCCGCUAAGAAGGGUGCUUUCCAGGAUGCCUAUGAAGAAGUACUGUAUGGUUCAGAUAGUGAUAUUGAUGAGGACGAUUCAGACGAAGAGGGUGCUGCCGAAGGAGAUAAAACGUCCAACUUAGUGAAAGCUGCCGCUAAGGCACUUAACGAGCGAAAGACUGCAAAGACAAAGAAAUUGAAGGCUGCAACAAAUGCUUUCAUUCGUGAAGAUGACGAAGAAGGGCCACUUGAUUUCUUGGAUCGUUCUGCUUUAGGCCGUAUCUCUUCAUCAAAACCUGCUCAACGUAAAGCCAAAAAGAACAAUAAAGAAGCCUUUGCUAAGGGCGAUGAUGGUCGUCUCAUCAUUAACGAACCAACAACACAAAAAGGUGGUGACGAAGAGGUCGCUGAAGCCGAAGAAGAUUAUUACAUGCAACAUGUUACCAAUCCUGAUGGUUUUGUGCGUGAUAAGAGAAACAGAAUCAAGUUUAAGAAGGGUAAAGAUGCUACUGAAAACGCUAUGGAAUUGGAUGAUGACGAAGAUCAAUCCUCGAAGAAGCAAAAAAGGCCAAAGAAACAGUUUGAGAAGAUUGGUAAAGAAUUCCGAUCGAAGAAAGCAGGCGGUGAUGUUAAGCGUAAGGGCCAAGCUGAUCCUUACAGCUAUAUACCUUUGAAUAAGGUUAUUAAGAAGAAGGGUAGACGUGAUCAAAGACUCACUUUCACAGGACGUGUCAAGAAAUAAGAAUGGAACCUUUUCCAAUAAAAAAAACCCCCCGUAAAAUAAACAUUACAAUUGCUGUUUUCAUAAAUCUCAUCGUUUUCUAAACUAUAAUGACAAUCUACC